UACUUUGCUGGGAGUAUUUAUAAGUACUGUUUUGUCUGCAGUGUUUUCACAAUGUGGUGUUUGUACUUUUACUGAAGUUAAUAUCUGAGUACAUCUUCUGACUCAAUGAUCAUUUAUUUAUCUGGAGGUUUUGAUACUGUGUCAGAGCUGAAAUACUCAACAGUCAAACUACUUUCACUUUCACCAAAGUAAUGUUUUAACACCUUUAUUUAAGUACAAGUAAAACGUAUUUAUACACAUAUUAUAUAAACACAGUGAGUCGGCAUAAAAACAUAAAAACACACAUCGUUGGAUCGUUGGACUGUACCGGCGCCGCUGCUGCAGAAUCACUGACGGACGACAAUAAAACUAAAAGUUCACGUGUUGGAAGAGAAACUAAAGUGAGACUUGAGAGGAGACGAGCUGGAACAUGAUCAUCAUCUGAUUAACAGUUUUAGAAAAUCUCACAGAGCCGACCGGACCUCCAGGUGGAGCGCCGGGCCUUGAAGCCAGUUUCCAACAUAGUGGUCAGACGGUGUGAUGACAUCAUCAGGUGAGUCACGGCGGCCCAGAAGACUGUUUCCUGUCAGCUGACGUCGUGACUCGGUUCACUGUCAGAUUAAAGAUUAAAUCAUGUCAUCACUGUUCAACUGAGCCGGGAGCUAAACAGGAAGUCAGCCAACUCAGUCGGUUCAAACAGUCUGCAGCACAGAAGAUCUGGGUCGGGUCGGUUCUGACACCACUGAGCAGCUUCACAGGAGCCAACAGGCUCCUCCUCCUGCACAGUGUAACGUCACUGAGCUAACGGCUAACAGAGUUUUUCUUCAGAGGAUCAUUCAGUGUCAAACUGUGACGACAAGUUUCUCUCCUGGUUUCACAUUAAAGCCGGUUUAAAGCUGCAUCGUCGCCCCCUGCUGGAGUUCAGUCGUCAGGGCCCGGUAUCGUUCAGGAACCAGAAUCACAGUCAAGGAUCUGAUCGGUACGAGCUGCAGGAACAAGAGAAGUUCCCUGUCGUGGGAUGAAUCAAAUCCUAAGUCUUAAAUCUCUACCUGCCCCAACAAGUUGGCAGAAGUCUGAGUUCUUUCAAAAUAAAUUCCACAUUGUGAGUCAUCCGACCCGUCACAGUCGAUCAGUACUUCCUUGUUGGUCCAGUCAGACGCUUCUGGACUUUUACACGAGUGUUUGAUUUAAACUAAACGUCUUCCCUACUUCAUCAUCUGACUCAGACUUCCUCUGCUGAUUAUUUAAAGAAGCGGCUGACUGGAACAUCAUCACUGCUGAAACUGUCUCAAACGGAAACGAAACACAGUUUACGAUCAGACAAACCUUCAGUCACACUGAGGCCACUUCAGACGGCUGCAAACCGUAAAAGACAGAAAAGAAAAUCAGCUCCAGAACUUUGGAUCAUUUUCCUUCAUCGAGCUGAGAGGAAGACUGACGGAGAUGCUGUCGAUCCCAGAACUGAUCAGGAAGAAGAGAGACGGAGGCGCGCUCACUGAUGAAGACGUCAGAACCUUCAUCCAGGCCGUGACUCAGAAAACCAUCCAGGACUGUCAGACAGGCGCCAUGCUGAUGGCGAUCUGGCAGAAGGGAAUGAUCAACACAGAGAUCGUUACCCUGACCAGGGAGAUGAUGUCAUCAGGGGAGGUGCUGUCAUGGCCAAAGGAGUGGGCGGGGCUUGUUGUGGACAAACACUCAACAGGCGGUGUGGGCGAUAAAGUCAGCCUGGUGUUAGCGCCUGCGCUAGCUGCCUGCGGCUGUAAGGUGCCUAUGAUCAGUGGGCGGGGCUUGGCUCACACAGGAGGAACUCUGGAUAAACUGGAAUCAAUUCCAGGAUUCAACAUCAACCAAUCAGCAGCUCAGAUCCUGGAGAUCUUGACCUCGGUGGGCUGUUGCAUUGUGGGUCAGACGGAGCUGUUGGUUCCUGCAGAUCGAGUCCUAUACGCUCUGCGGGACGCCACCAGCACCGUGGACAGCCUGCCGCUGAUCACUGGUUCUAUCAUCUCAAAGAAAGGCGCCGAGUCUCUGACGGCUCUGGUUCUGGAUGUGAAGUUUGGACGAGCUGCUCUGUAUAAAGACCUGGACAGCGCUAAAGAGCUAGCACAGUCGUUAGUGAGUGUAGGAAACGGCCUGGGUAUUCGUACGGGGGCGGUGCUUAGCUGUAUGGACGGUACGAUUGGUCGAUGUGUGGGCAACAGUCUGGAGGUGAUGGAGUCUCUGGAGACGCUGAAGGGGAGAGGACCCGACGACCUGAUGGAGCUGGUCACCACGCUGGGCGGGUUGCUGCUGCUGAUGACCGGCCUGGUGUCCGACCAAUCAGAGGGCAGGAAAAAGAUUUCUGACGCUGUGAUUGGUGGAGCAGCUCUGUCCAAGUUCCAGGCCAUGAUGGAGGCCCAGGGCGUGGCCAAUGAGACGGCUCGGUCGCUGUGCUCCGCCCACACAGAAGACUACAGCGCCCUGAGGAGGUCCGAGCACCAGAGGGAGCUGAAGAGCCCAGCAGACGGUGUAGUCCUGGACGUGGACGGUUUGGUUUUAGCUGAAGUGCUUCAUAAAUUGGGGGCGGGGCGAUCAAUGGCCGGAGAACCUGUCAAUCACAGUGUAGGGGCGGAGCUACUGGUGUCAGUGGGUCAGAGGGUGAAGAAAGGCGUCUCCUGGUUGCGGCUCCAUUAUGAGUCUCCGGCUCCGACUCCAGACCAGAUCCAUCGAUUAGAGAAAGCUCUGACUCUGGGAACCGACAACGCUCGAACACAACAAAAACAGACUCUGGUGAAAGAGCUGCUGCUACCUCGUUAAGUUUGUAUGCCCGUACAGACCUUUAAUGACUGUAAUGUGUUGGCGACCACUCAGUGUUUACAACGUUCACGAUGACGAUGCCUUAAAACAUUUGCCUAAAAGUUUUCUGAUUGCUGCUGAGAUGAAUAAAAAGACUUGAUUAUAAA